ACGGCAUUUCCAGUUUCCAAGCAGCCAAAUACCUCCAUUUUCUACAACUCAGCAGAAUUUCAAAACUUGUAUUUUCUCUCACACAGAGAAACUUCACUCGCUCUCCUACUUCUCCAUUUUGAACUCCAAAAAUUUCCAAACAAAAUUUGAAACAAUGUCAACAAGCCAAACGAGAGCAAAAAGCGAAUACCAGAGUCUUUGCUUAAAUCCGAUCCGAAGACCCGAUUAGUCGAUGAUUUCGAUCCUGAUAUUUCCAGCGAUCUCAAAGGGAUUAUGUCGGCGCUGCAACUGAUCAAAGAGAAAGCGCAGAAGGACGGUCAAAAGAAGAACGAAGAGACGAUUUCCAGUGUGGCUGCUGAGAUAAAGUCUAAGAUUCAAGAACUGAAGUCAAAAAUUGAGAAGGAAAGACAAACAUUUGUUAAGGCACUUUCAAAGAGCUCAAAAGAGUGUGAAAACUGCUUGAAGGAUGAGAUUACAAAGUUUCAAGAGGUUUAUGAGAAAUUCUGCAAAGAAAAAGCUGCCCAUCUGCAGGCCCUGAAAGAUACUAUUUCCAAAUUUGAGGAAGACAAAGAAAUGCUGUUCGGGCGAUAUGAACAACUGAGGAAAAGAGAGAAGAACUUAAUAUCUGAGCAAGAGAAAUUCUGUGCUGAUAGAAUUUCUCACUUGGGCGAGUCCUUGAAGAAAAAGAAACAGGUAAAUAAAACUUUCGGCAUGUUGAGGAAAACUCUUGGCACUUUUCUGGACAAUGGUUCGGACGAAGGCUUCCCACCUGAAGAUUGAAGUUUUGCUUUAUUUCACGAAUACGGUGAUGUCUGAACUCUUCUAAUCUUUUCAAUUGUUUAGCCUAUAUGCUUUGCAGUAUCCAAAGUUUGCUUUUUGUCUUUCUAUUCUAGUACAGCGUUUUAGAAAAAAAAGGAUUUUAUUGAACUGUCUGU